GUGCGCUUCUGGCCCUGCCAUUCCGCGUUUGUAGCUGUCGCGUUCAUUGCUUGACACCGCGAUAAAAAUGUGGUGCCGAACUCUCUCUGCGGCGCUCGCUGUGUUUGCUGUCACGGCGUCUGCGACCAACCCUCAACCAAACCACCAUGAGCGUGCGCUUGAAGCGGAAGCAGGCAUGUGGAGCUUCGGUUCAACGGCGUGCGAGUGCAAGUCCACUCCUCGCCCAUGUCUCUUCAUCCACGGCGAGAACAAUGAGAAGGAGGAGAAGGAGCUGCAGACCACGUCCGACAAGUUCGGCGAUAUGACGGACCACGCCCCGUGCUGCUCGACCAUCAAGUACGCGUCGUUGGACACGAAAACUACUCGUUGGACCGACGAAACCCUGCAGGAGACGGUAUGCAAGCACGCUCUGUCGAUGAGCAAAACUAGCGAGGCAGAUGAGGGCCUGAUCAAGGACACUAUCCUUGUAACCCACUCGAUGGGCGCGCUGAUCGUGGCUGGCGCGGUUGCCAACGAGAAGUGCGGUAUUGAUAAUAGCACGACCUGGGUCAGCAUGAGUGCACCAAUGAACGGUACGAUGGCAUCGAACUACGUUCAGGACAUUUGCACAGACGAUGACACGCAGGCUUUUCAUAAGAUUUUAACGCUCGUGGGCAAAUGCCCGAUUGGCGACGGAAUGAAGUCUAUCGCGUACAUGGGCGGCAAGUACAGCACUAUGGCUCUCAACAAAGCGUAUGUGGCUGCCCAGAAAGUAUACCGCAAGCACGUGUCGGCCGCCAUGUGCAGCAACGACGAUAUUGGCAUCGUUUCGACAGACCAGGCCAAUUACUUGUACCUAGGCUCCCAGAUCGAACAUGGCACCAAGGAGCAUGACGGUAUGGUGACAUUCGAAAGCUGCCGAGGAGGACUGCCAGAAAGCCAAUUCAGCGAUAGCUACGAAGACCGAUUUUACGUGUCAAAGUGCAACCACGGCGACACGGCGUUCCUCCACGGAGACAGCUACUUCCGCGACACGAUUAAACCAGUUUCUUGGUUCCAGUGCCUCCUCUAAGGUGCCAGGUUUAUUCAUUUCGUUUGAUCAUCUCUUACUGUACUGCAAUUCAAUAAAAUUAUUGGAGCUGCAAUAGCAUUUUAGCUGGGUGGUCGACUCAAAAUUUAAUUUAGAGCUGACCCAUUAUUGG